AUGUACAGAAACCGUAUCUUAUUCUCAAUCGUUUUAUAUUCUUUGCUUCUAAAUGACCUUUCAGGGUCAAGUUGGACCGAAAAUGGUGAUGUUAUAAUUCUCACAAAUGAAAAUUUCCAUUCGAAAAUCCAACAAUAUGAUGUUUUAUUGGUCCUGUUUUAUGUCAAAUGGUGUUCGCACUGUCGUCGAAUGCAUCCGGAUUACGAACAAGCAGCAACGAAGCUAUCCAAGAGUCUAGACAAUCCAAUCUAUUUGGCAAAGCUGGAUUGUACGAACAUUACGGAACCACGAUGUUCCAAACGAUAUAAUAUUGAUGGUUUUCCAACAUUACGAAUCUAUCGCUACGGCCAAUACCAUGACGAAGAAUUGAAUCAUUUCAAUCGAACGACUGACGAACUAGUCAAAACAAUGAAAGCUUUAAAAAGUAUGAGCACACAACGAAACACGAUCAACACUCAAGCACAUGGGGUAAAAGACGAAACAAACAAAGGAAUGAUGAAUAAUUUCUAUCUAUGGUCAUUGAUCGGGAUAUUCUAUUAUAUUCUACAAAAAUUUUUCAUAUAA